AUGUUUCCCAAGUAUUUUUAUUUCCAGGGAGAGUUACUUGAAGAUUCGCCUUUAGAGCAGUACGACAUAUUUACUUCAAAAAUGCAUCUUCCUGCAAUUCUUGGAGUGUUUCUUAUUGGAAUUUCUGCAAUUAGCUGUGCACCAAAAUCGCUUCGAAACGACUUGGGAUUUUCCACAGGACAUCUUGUGAAAGCUCUCGUGAAAGCAAAUUAUGUUUUACAGAAGAUUAUCAAGGAGGAAAUCAAAUCUGCGCACAUAUAUGCCGGUGCCAUCAUCUUGAAACGACUGAAGAACGCUGACAAAGGUAAAAGUGUGGAUGAUAUAAAGGCCAAAAUCAAGGAGGAGUUUACAUCCAUGGUGGACAUCGACGUCGAUUGCACAUCGUCUGAAGGAGUCGUCUGGUUAGCCAAUAACGCCCUGCGCGUGGCAGAGAAAUACCGCGAGUUGUACGCCCGCGCCGAUGUUAUGGAUAUCUGCGGCUUGCGGAACAAUGAGGUGCUGAAUAAGACCUGCGCUGAUAUCAUUGCUCGUUACGAACGUGCCGUCCGUGAUAUUGAACUCCGCGUCCGCACCACCAUCGAACGUUUAUCAUCGAUCUACGAAGGUACCGCCACAUGUCUCCGCAGUAGGUACGACACCUUCCUGAAAGGUCUGGAGACGAAGUCGUUCUAGCCAGAUAUCUCUUCUGAAAUGUCGCCAAUAAAAUCUGCACUCUGCAAACAGAAAUAAUUAAGAAAAA